AACAGGAGCGUGAGACCUUACUAGCCAACGUUCUCAGCGACUUAAACAUUUUAACAAAUGAGUUUUUAUUUCGGAAAUGAACGAACUAUUUUAAAAACAGAAGGUGGAUUUUGUUUUUCUUUUUGUUAAUUUAUUUUUAAAAGCUCGCGAGGUUAAAUCCUCGGUUUCACGUAAAACAAGAAAAGAAAAUAGAAGAGAAACCGUAAAUAAAGUGGUCUUUUUUUCUACGUUCUCAUCGCGGAUGUAUUUUUUGUUUUCGUUUACCUCCGGAUCGAUUUUUGGUGAGGUUUUAACCUUUGGGUUUGGAGCAUCAGAAACCUUUAAGACCGGGGAAAGGUCUCAAGCAGAAAUAUGAGGAAUCCUCUGAAGACUCUGUUCGUCUUCAUCGUCUUUCUUUCCAAAGGUUUAUGUGAAAAUGACCUCUUUCUGUCAUUCUGCGGUACCUGGCACCAUGGCAACAGCGCCUUGAACCUGAACGUCAACAUCUCUACCGGCUGUAGAGAGAUGCUCAUCUCAGCCAAUGAGAACUCCAUGUCCAUCAGCGGGCAGAUCACCGCCUACUGCACAAACUCUGAUGUGAUUCCUCUCAGCAAGUUUGGUCUCGAUUCAGAGCAGGACACGGAGUUCUGCCUGAAGUGGGAGCCACUGCUGGAUAUGCUGGUCCUGGAGGUGGGGGGUCGGGCUCUGACUCUGUGCUGGCCCACAAGGCCGACUGACUCCUGCUGCACCGAUUUAACCAAUGGUCAGAACGGGAACAUUUCUACUUACGGGAUUAAAAAAGGAGCCAUCAGAGGUGACAAAGUCACAGAUAAAACACUGUCGACCUACAACUUCACAGGACUGUCCACAAGCUAUGAAAAACUGUGUUCUCAAGCAGCCCAGUCGGAUUUAGAGAGUUCACAUAUGAGUGACCGUCCCUGCGCUCACAGAUCUCAGAGGGAGCUGAAGAAAGACCGUCCUGAAGGCUUCACUGUCCCAUCACCUGUCAAAGCAGGUUUCUCCUCCCAGCCGGCCGUGUCCGUCUACAUCCCUCCUGCUGUGGGGAAGAAAACCAUCAAGGCUAAAAGCAAAAUGGUGGUCACUUUCUACAACAGCACAGCUUUUCAGGAAGUCCACCGUGAAGUCAAGCUUCUUCAGGAUGUGGUUGAAAUCACGGUGGAGAACGAGCUCAUCGUCGAUCUGUCUGAGCCCGUGAAGAUGGACUUCCACCACGACGCCGUGUCUAAGUAUCCGAGGAGGUGCGUGUCCUGGGACACUCGGAAAGAUCCUCUGGAGGUGAACUGGUUGAUGGACGGAUGCGUCACAAAUGAGAUAACACCGAAACACACAGAGUGCUUGUGCAACCACCUGACGUACUUCUCUGUGAUGGUGCAAAUGGAGCCUCGACCGAUGCGCCACAUCCUGGAGCUCACCGCCAUUACAUCUGUGGGCUGCGCUGUCUCCUUCAUCAGCUGUGUUGGUCUUAUGAUCAUCCUCUGCAGGAAAAAGAGAUGCUCCAAAGAGCAGUCCUUACCCAUCCACCUGGGCCUGACCGCCGCCCUCGCCCUCCUCAGUCUGCUCUUCUUCUUUACCGGAGUGCUGGCUAAUGUGGGAGGGGACAGAGUUUGUGUUUGGGUGGGGGCGCUCCUCCACUACGCCCUGCUCAGCUCCUUGAUCUGGAUGGGGAUCGAGGUGCUCCACACGUUCUGGUUGGUCUACAUGGUCUUCAAGCCGUGCCCCAAGCUCUACGUCUGGAACCUCCUUGGUUUUGGACUUCCUCUCCUUCCUGUCGUGGUCCUGCUUGCAGUGGGGGAUAUUUACGGACUGAGGGAGGUGUUGUCAACCAGUGACCCCCCAGAAACUUUUCGGAUGUGCUGGAUGAAGAUUUCCCAUCAGGCCUUGCUGGCUCAGUGCUUCACCACCAUGACCGUCCUGGCUCUCUUGGUCUCCUCGGGGAUCAUCAUCCUCUUCCUCGUCUUCCGGGAGAUCCGCACCAGGGACGAGUGGAAGCAGAGACGAGUGGCUUUUCUCAGCAUCUGGGGCCUGAGCUGCCUGUUUGGCUCCACCUGGUGUCUGAUCUUCCUGGACUUUGAACCAGUCUCAGACUUCAUUCACUUUCUCUUCUGCAUCCUCAACUCAUUUCAAGGUUUCUUCGUGAUGCUGAGGUUCUGUCUGCUGAACUGGAUGCGAAAGCAGGCCAGUGGUUCUGUUCUGAGCAGCACCAGCUCUGGAUCCACCAGGCAGCACAUGCUGCAGGCCCAGGAGAAGAGCUAGCGUCCGCGAAUGCAGACAGCAAAGCUACGUUUGUGUGUGUGUGAAAAUGCAGUCUACUGUGUAAAGGCAGCGUUCGUUUUAGAAACUGCUCAAAGCUCGUGUCAGGAGAAGGAACGUUUCCUGACGACCUCAAACCAGCUGGAUUGGUUACUGUAAGCACAGCGAAGCUCAAAGUGGUGCAUUCAGGUUUAACGUUGAGCUGGAAUCAUGAAAACAUUUCAGACCCUGAUUUAUACCAAACAUAAAAAGGUUAUUCAGGAAUAUGCUGCGUUCAUGCUGGUUAAAAAAUGUAGUUUUUUUUGUUGUAGAUGUUGCUCCUGAACAGGAAGAUGAAAUGAAGAUUAUCUGAAUAUAGUUAUAUGUAUACAUCCACGUUUUCUUUGAUGCUGAUUAAAGCAGAUGUGUGUGAAAUAUUUUAUUCCAUACAGUUAAAGACAAAAAAGCAUAAAAUGUCUUUUCAUUUCAUUUUUCUAUGAAUAAAUCCAACUGUAAAGAUCAUUUUGGUGUGAAACCAAAUCUUCAGAGAUCAGCUGUUUCCUGAUGUAACUCCAUGUGAUGGAAUUAAGUUCAAACGAAGGAAUUUAUCUUCUUUUGGCCAGUAUCGAUGAAAUUCUAUUUUCUCUCAGGAAAUCCUAGCAAGGCCUGGAAUCUGCUGGUUCUGGCUGGGAAUUAAGAAAAAAAAGGUCUAAUUAAGAUGAAAAAAACAAUCUUAAAUGACCAAAAAGGGAUUGUUGGGAACAUUUUUGUGUGUGUGUUUUUUUUUAGAUUUCUCUACUGAUGUUAUAUUUUGUAAAAAAAUCAAAACUUGUGGAGCAAAACCUUAGAUAAGCUUUUUUAAAAAGAGAAUUUAAAUGGAAAAAUGUCUGAUUGUGCUUUUUUUAUUUAAUCUUUUUGCAAAGCACUUUAGAUGGUCGCUGUGUUGUCGCGCUGCUUUGUUUAAAUGUGCUUAGAAAUCUCAAAAUUGGUCCUGUCUUCAGUGCUGUUGUUUUAAAGAAAAGUUGGUACAGAAAAUGUGAAAGUUGUGCUUAAUAAAACAUAAAUGUAAAACCCAAA